GGAGGAGAGAGAUAGAGAUAGAGAGCGCGCGAGGCAGGCCUAGACUCUAGAGAGAUCCUACAUCGGCCAACAUCACAAGGAAGCAGCAGAGGCAUUGUGCAAGCAAGGGACGGAUAGUCGCAGUCAGGAGUCAGAGCAAGCUCAGGAGGAGAGCUGUUCCAGUGCAGAGGAGGUCCUGUCCGCACCGGUAGAGAGAGGGAGAAGGAAGAGAGAGGGAGAGACGCGGUCAGACGGACAGACAGAGCCAGAGAGAGAGAGCAGCAGCAGCUGCUGCUGCUACCGUCGUAGCUGCCUAUGCCUAUGCCCGCCCUGCACUCACUCACUCUGAUGACUGACGGGAUCAUUACUUGCUUACUUACUUGUCGACUGGCGGCCCCUCCCCUCGCAAGUGCAUGACGAGGUGAAACUAGACAGACCACGCCAGCGGUAAAAUAGAACAAGAUUUGGAAUCCGUUUCCAAUGCUCAAUGCUGCUGCUGGCAUUGAACCUGGAGAGUGACAAGCCAGAGCCAAAUAUCUGAGCAUAGUGAGAGAGAUAGAUAGAUAGAGAGAUAGAGAGAUAGAGAGAGAGAGAGGGAGAGAUAGAUAGACGGGGGACGAGAAGAUGCAAAAAUUAGUUGCAGCGGCAGCCACGUAUGUCCGAGGCCAUUCGAAGAUUCCACUGAAUGUCCACACUGAAUGCCCGUCGACUCCAGCUUCGGCGUAACAUGGCGCAGGGAUCCGGUGGCUUUUCCUUGCGGGUAGUCGCUCAUCGUCAAGCUCGACGACAGGAAUGUAACGGGAAGGCUGAGGCGGAAGCGGGGAAGGCAGUGGCCGCGCUGGUCUGAGAGAGAGACGCAGUGAGGGGGUGGAGGGGAGGGGAGGGGAGCGAGGGCCGGGGAGGGGGGAAGCGAGAGUACAAUCUCGCGAGCUCGACAGUUAGCAAACAGUGCGACGGGAAUAAGAGCACAGCUUCAUUUAUUGAGCACGGUGACCGUACGCAACAAGGUAUUACCUACUCAAAUGCGUGUCAGAAGGAGGGAACCUGAAAGCUCCUCGCAAAUUGCUCAAGGCAGCAGUUCAGAUAGAGACUUGAUUCAUCACGGAGGACCAGGCAAUUGCAGCCCAUCUCGAUCAGUUCGUUCGGUUCGGAAGCGGCACAAGCUGUUGCCGAGAGUACUUCAACCCCUCGCCGUCUGGCUGCUGUUGCUGCUGCUGCCGCCGCUGCUUGGCUUGGCUUUCUCAGACAAGUACUCCUCUGAUGACGAACGUCUCGGCCCCGCAACGCUGUUGGUGUGAGACGAAAUCGUCGCAACAGAACCCACCUCGCUCGAAGCAACUUGCGCCCAGAGGCGGAGGCGGCAGUUGAGAGAGCGCCGUGGGCCAAUGACAAUGUGGACGCUGUGAGCAUCCCUCGUCGACCGAAGGCGCUCACUCUCUCGGUGCUCGACCGCAAUGGCUUCGACCAGAGUCAGCGGGGCCUCGGCCUGGAUGGCUGGUAGCUCCUCGAAUUUGAGGCUGCCAUCAUCUAUACCUUUCCUCGAAGACGACCCCAACCCAAGGUGGAGGCAUACACCGGCACCGUGCCAGCAGAACCAAAUGACCCAAGAACAUUCUCUGGUUAAGGACGACCUGCCAUCGAGCAUCGGUUUCUCCCAGGGGCUGUCGGAUAUACCGAGCUCGACCUACUCCAAGGGGAUCUUGGAGGAAGACUGGUACAUGACCACUGAGAACUCGCUGAUGGAUGAAAUGAAGGAGCUUUCUUAUGCUGCGUCGUCUCUGGCGACGCAAUCCGAGCCCAUGACUUCGUCCCAUUACAGCUUAGACUCAACUCAUCUCAAUUUUCUCUCGCGCAAUGCGAGCAAGAAUUUCAACUCUGCAGACAAUAGAUCGUACUUAUCCAAUUUCAUGGAGGGAGGAGGACUCCCUUUCGACACUUCAGGCACUGGUCCGCUCAACAGCUUCGGUCACACAGGGCCCCAUGGAGGAGGAGCAGGAGUAGUAGGAGGCCACAACGGGAACGCCAUCCUUCACAAUCACGGUCAAAUUGGCCUCAGCACCAGCAGUCCCCUCGCGGGCAACAAUCAAUUUUCAGGAAGCAACAUGAGCAUCCUUCCAAACUCAGGCCUGGUCGCCGGAAAUUCUGGAUUUUCAAACUUGCACUCGAACUCGAACAGCCUUAACGAGAGCAUGCUCUUGAGCAACAUCAGUUCCAGACCCACACUGGGCGGCAGCAGCUUCGGCCAGAAUCUCAGCGGUUUUCUCAAUGGUGGAAUAAGCAACGCCUUCAGCUGCGGUUCGGGACCUCCCAUCGACGCGAAUUUCGCUCAGAGCCUCAGCUCGAGCAUGGCCAGGGGCGCUGCUUCCGUUGACAUGUUCAACAGCAACAACCACAACUCGCUGGGCAGGACCAUUGCAGGCAACACGAUCAAGAGCACUUCUCCUCUCUUGAAUGUGGACAAACCUCCUUUCCGGUCCAAGGCUGGAGUUCUGAGCCCCGAUGCCGUGACAGCCACGGUUGCAGGCUCUCAGCAGACAAUUUUCCAAAAGCGAGCAGCAUUACGGCGGACUGUCUCGUCCUCUGGCGGAUCGAUAUCCCCCAAGCUGAAGACGCACCCUCAGCUCGUCACUUCAGUUUCCAAUGACUCCUCCGUAGAUAUGCCCGACGAAGAGAGCCCAAACAUAAAAAAUCCGAGCAAGGGGAAGAAGGCCGUGUCCCCGGCGUCCAGGGUCGACAAGCGGCCCCCAGCACUGCCCUCUGGCUCGGACGAAAUGGCCGAUGGAGACCAGGAUGACGGCAAAGAUGACGACGAUAUGGACGAAAGCGGAGAUGUGUCUGGGAUGCUCUACGAGGACGAUGCAGCUGGCAUGGACGGUGCUGCCGCUGGUCAAGGUAUGCUACAAAGUGGUGGUCACUCUGGGGAGAAGGGCAAGGGCAAAAAAGGCUUGCCUGCGAAGAAUCUCAUGGCAGAAAGGAGGCGACGGAAGAAAUUGAAUGAUCGACUGUACAUGCUUCGAUCUGUGGUACCCAAAAUUACAAAGAUGGACAGAGCAUCAAUCCUUGGGGACGCAAUCGACUACUUGCGGGAUCUUGUUGCAAAGAUUCAUGAGCUGCAUGCGGAGCUGGACGGGGACACAGCUGCUGACAAACCUCCGCCUUUGAGUCCUUCAGCCCCUCUACCUAUGCAGAUUACAUCCGCUCUUGCAUAUCGUGUUAAGGAGGAGCCUCCAUCAACCUUCCCCGAUCUAACACCCACUACGAUUGAGGUCUCAGCGAAGGAGGAAGGCAAGGCACUUAACAUUCACAUGCUGUGUGCACGGAAACCGGGACUCUUACUUUCGAUCAUGCGUGCGCUGGAUGGACUCGGGCUUGAAGUCGAACAAGGAGUUGUUAGCUGCUUCAACGGUUUCGCUCUAGAUAUCUUCCGGGCAGAGCAACUUAGUGGCUUGGAUGUCGGCCCGGAAGAGAUCAGACAAGCCCUACUUCUCACAACAGGAGCGAGCCCUGUAGAGCAAAAUGUGAUUCUUCAGUAAAGUAUAUACCUUCUCACCAGAGAUUUAGAAAAUCACCAGACAAUUCAGCUCUGUCUCAGGGUAGUGUAUAUUAUAUUUCAUCGUUUGUAAGUCCUGUAUCCGUCAUUUCACACAAAGGUGGAGAAAUCUCACGUCCUCCCGGGCCAUGCUGGAGGGGCGGUGAAGACAAACAGGAUUAGGCAUACGAGAUUAUUAGUAGCCUUGAUUCUAGACCGUGCUUAGUUUUAAUAGUAAACAUGCAACCUCCAUCAUAGAUAUAGAGUCAGGCCAAAAGAUGGCCUCCAAUUUUUGACUCGACGAAGGCUAGGAGUUGGUUUCUCACUCACUACGAGCUUCGCUUCAUGUGGCAUGUGUAAAUGGAGUUUUGGGUUAUAUAUGUUCCCGUGAGUCGGUCCGAGCAGCUGUGAUCACAAUAUGAAAAAGUUACAAAGAGAUUCAUCUCCUG